GGUCCUCCCACUGCCGUCUCUUCAUGUCGGCACCAAAAGCCAUUAUCCAGGUUGUCAUUGCUGGAGCUCAGAUCUUUGGUAAGGCAUUCGCAGCAGCUGGGAGACAGGCUUACAAGAAUGCUCAGCACAGGCCCGCGGGCGGUGCGAUAGGAGAUGCUGCUGGCGUGAACAGAGCGACAUCAGAUUCAAUCACGGAUCGGCUCACUAGAGAACACAGAAUGACUGCUGAUGAGGCACGUCAGAUACUUAAUGUCCAACGAGAAGACGGAUUAGAAUCUAUGCUUCGUAAUUACCAACACCUCUUCAAAGUUAAUUCACCACCUCCGCCACCCGAAAAACCCGUUGCAAGCAGUAGAGCCCGCUCGCAAUACUGGUCACAUUACUUACAGUCAAAGGUCGUACGAGCGAAGGAGCGUUUAGAAGCUGAAAUGAAGACGUCUGUAGAAGCAGAAGCAGAGUUAACUGCAAAAACUGCAGAAAAACCUACUAAUGAACCCCCUUCUACUCCUGUAUGACGACGGCGCUGGUGGAUCUGUCUGCUUUGCAUUAGUAUAAUCUCUGUGCCACUAUCUUUAUACGCAUGUCCACAAC